AUCGUCUGCUCAGAUGACAGUCAGUCGUGCACGGAUCUUUGGGAAAUUCACAAGUUUGGUACUUAGUUGCUCAUUCGGAAAUUAGAAUGGACUCGAGAGAAAUUUGAUAGAAUUUAUCGCCUUCGACUGGAAUCGAUAAACGUUGCUUCCUGUUCAAAUAAAACCCCGAGACAGUGAUAACCCAUGACACAGGCGCGAACGAAAAGAAGCGUGAAUGAUGUUUUACGGCUUUGAGAUGCUUGGUAUGCUGCUGGCAUUUCACUUAUCCAUAGCAGGAUUAGAACUCAGUCAGCACACGGUCCCGGUUCUCGUCAAUCACAACUCGCUCGAUGAUCUGGAUGUUCACGAAUACGAGUUGACACAAUCGCAGAAUUUUCAACGACAGGACGCAUUGCUGAGAGCUUGCACGCAACUGAAAGAUCAAUUAGAGUACCAAUCGGUGGAUGAGUUGAAUUCGUUUCAAAUGAGCCAUUUGUUGAUUGACGAAGAACACAAAUUUCUUUACUGCUACGUUCCGAAGGUCGCAUGCACCAAUUGGAAGCGCAUUUUGAUGAUCAUGACAAACAAAUGGAACGGCACGGAUCCGCUUCAGAUUCCAGCCGACACAGCUCACUCGAAUGGAAUGUUCAAAACGUUCAGUUCGCUCACUCCGGAAGAACGGCUAACCGUACUGUCGGAUUACAAUCGAUUCGUGCUCGUGCGCCAUCCAUUUGAACGACUGCUGUCCGCUUUCCGAAACAAACUAGAGGGAAAUUCCAAGAGUGCCAAAUAUUUUCAGUCCCGAGUAGGUAAACAGAUCAUCAAAACGUUUCGACAGAACGCAUCGAACAGUUCGUUGGAGUACGGUCACGAUGUCACCUUCUUGGAAUUUAUCCAGUACUUGCUAACGCCGGAACUGAGCCGCAACUCGAACCUUUCUUUUAACGAGCACUGGGAACCGGCAUCCAAACUGUGCCAUCCGUGUCUACUGCAGUACAACAUCAUCGGCAAGUACGAGACGUUGGUUGACGAUUCGGCACUGGCACUUCAUCUGGCCGGUGUGAGUGGAAUCAGUUUUCCCAUUGCAUACAAAACGUCCGGCACCAACGAAAGGCUACGCAAGUAUUUUAACGACAUUCCACUACGGAUCAUCAAGAGUCUGUACCGUUUGUACGAGGACGAUUUUCGACUUUUCGAUUAUAGCUUGGAUGAGAUACUGGGCUUCGAGCUGGGAUGAGUUUUAAGUUUUCCGCAGAUCCGCUUUCGAUGCCAAAAAGUUGCAGUUAACAAGAAAUUGGUACCAAGUAUCAAGUUUUAUUUAGCAUAUGCGAACAAGAAGACUAUUUUGAUGGACAGGUUUUAGAGUAGCUUCUAGUGAUAGUUUGGACAACGCAAAAAUAAGGCGUAGCUUUAAAUUAUAACGAACUAAUAUUUUUUUUUACAAUCGAUGUAUACGCUUUAUACUGGCUUACUGGAAGGAAAUUUUCUUCAUCAUUGUACAACGACUAACAUUCGCAAUUUAUACUAAAUCGUUAGGCAUGAUUUACGAAACUGUUCCGUACUUAUAAUUACUACUUGUUAAAAACUCUGUGAUGGCAGCUUUUUGUCGUAAAUAAAUCUUUUUUUACAAUUGGCAA